UGGCAAAUGUCUGACGGAAUGAUACGUAUCGCAAUACGUGUCUCAUGAUACAUAUUUAUCACAGGACUGUAGCAGAACAAAUUUUUAAAGAUAGUUAUUAAAAAAAAAACCUCUACCUGAAUAUUAACGCGCCUUUCAUGUUAAUAGAAUGGGAAAAUGUAUUGUAGUCAAUUAUCAAAACGCUAAACACUACAUUUGCUUAUAAAUAAUUAAUUAAAUAUCGUCUUGUCAACAUUUUAAAUCGAUUUUUUAUAACUUGUCCUGUCCUGUACUCCUAUCACCAAAUACAGGCAUGUCAUGCAUCCGCCCCAGGGGCCAAAACCGACCCGCCAAAUGGUUUAUUACGGCCCAGUCAUGAAGAACUGUGGAACAAACUUCCACAGAGUUUGAAGCUUUCACCAGAAAUUAACAAUUUUUCGCGUAAUCUUAAGGAAUUACUGUUGGACAAGCAGCAGUGUCAACAUUAGGGAUUGUUAAUAACACAAUGUGGUCUGAGCAAAAUUUAUUGUAUAAUUUUAUUUAUUCUUAUUGUGUAACCAGUCAAGAUUUGUAAUGUUCAAAUUAAGAGUGUGUACUUGACUACCUACCUUUGGUCUUUAAACAGUGAUAUCGUUUUAACUAGAUUUUAUUGUAUAAUUUUAUUGUAUUUUUAUUUUUAUUAUUUUUAUUUUUUAUUUUUGUAUUAUUGUGUAACCAGUCAAAAAUUGAUGUGUUUAAAGUAGGAGUGAGUACUUGAAUGACUGCUUACCUUUUGAAUGCAAGCAAUGAUAUGGCUUUUGUUAGAUUUGAUUGUAACAUUUUAUUAUGUAAUCAGCUGUUUGUGGAAAAGUUUAAUGUGUGAGUGGGUAUUGAAUGAUUGUUUACAUUUAUAUUGAAGUUUGUAUUGUAUUGAUUUAUACUUGUUUGGGGACUACAGAUGGAAACUAGCUUCAGCUAUAAUCUGGUGUAAAGCAUCUUUAAUGUUUUUGCACAUUGUCCCUGUCAAAUAAAUAAACUACUACUACUAAACUACUACUACUAAGAGAAAAUUAUAUAAGCAUGUUGAAAAAUCAUGUUUUUAGCCCAUUCCUCUGGCGAGUUCUGGUUAUUUAAAGAAAUGACCGCAAUACCAAAUUCUACCACUAGGAGAAGCAAAGGCAAAGAAAUACCCGUAUAACAAGAGAUCAAGAAAUAAACUAAUUCCAAAAACUAAACAAAAACAAAGCUACAGAGUUGAUCAUAGGUUAUUUUGCUUUUAUCUCACUGGUCCGGCCCACUUAAGAUCAGAAGGGUUGAAUGCGGCCGCUGACACCCCUGAUCUAAGAUAAGGUCUGGAUGCAAAUGUAGUUCAUGUCUAUAUGCAGAUAAGCAUUUUAAAUUCCGUCAAGAUAAAAAGUUUAUUUAGCUUACCACUGAUUCUUUUAUUUUUAAUCCUUUUAUGUUUUUUUUCUAUUUCUUUUAGAUUAAAUUCUUGUUUUUCUAAAUUCAAUUUUUAUAUUUUAUUCAAUAAACUUACCGGUUCAAACUGAAAACAUGUAAAUUUACAGGUCAAAUAGGAAAUCUACUUAAGUGAGGCAACAGAAAACCUUAUAAAUACAGUCAAUUGCCCCUUCCAUAUGGUUUGUUGUCUCUAGAAAAAUGUCUAAGAACUUCAAUUUUAAAACUUUUUAUUGCGCUCUCAACUUGGUUUUCUUUUCUUUUAUUUUUUUUUCAGUAAACACAUAAUAAUACAACCUGUUUUUUAACGUUUUGUCUGGAUGCCAAUGAUGUUGAGUCACCAGGUUGCUUCCUCAUCUGCAUCCUGUUCUGGAAACAAAAGAGACAUUUGGAGGGAUCCUGAAUUUCCUUUUGAUGUUCCUGAGCAGGAAAAUUACAAAUGAGAACUGUUUGUAUCCUGUCAUGUUUCCUGCUAAAUGUCAAUUCUAAUAACACUUGUUCAGGAGAAAAAUGUUACCAGUAAUCUUAGCAAACAAAGCAACUUAAUUGUCUUUUUUAGUCUUUCAAAAGCUGUCUUUUCUCUUUCCAGGUGCAAAACAGGAAACAUUUCAGCGCAUACUUCUGGCUCGGGAGCUUCCUCUUUCCCUGGUCCUCUCAUGAGGGAUGUUCCAGUGUUUCUCCUCCAAUAAACAAAGCAGGCUUCAUGAGCAAAUCACCUGCACAGCAAAAGAAGCAAUAAUCCUGUGAGAUGGCAGUCACUUCAUUUUAUGUGGCUGAGGAGCCAGGAGCUGGCUUAACGGAAUUGGACAUCUGCACCUCUGGGAUUAAUAUACAACAUGACGUCCUCCCAUCUAUUGUCUCCUCCUUUUGCCUUUCAUUCGGCCUCAUCUAUUGCUUCUUUGGAUACAGAUGCUUCAAGAUGGUCAUGUUCCUCUCGGGCUUUAUGUUUGGCUCGGCAGCUGUGCUCCUCGUCUAUUACAUUGAGCCCGGAUUAAACCCCCAGCUGGGGGAGGUGGCGAAGGCCAGCAUCGGGCUGGGUGUGGGGGUGCUGUGCGGCCUGGUGACCAUGCUGGUGUCCACGCUCGGACUCCUCCUCAGCGGCCUGCAGCUGGGGAGCCUCCUCUCCCUGUCCAUCCUGGUGGUCAUCGCUCAGUUCCACAGCUUCCCGCCGGUGUGGGUGCCUCUCACCGUCGUCCUGUCCGCUUCCAUCCCGACUGCCUUGUUCAUGGUGCAGUGGCAGAAACUGUUCGGCAUCAUCUACACAUCUGUGGUGGGAGCCACAGUUGUCAUGCUGUGUGUGGACUACGUGGUCGGGACGUUCAUGCUGCCGGAUCAGGUGUAUGAGAUGUUCUGUCAAGCCGCCCCACGUCCGCUCUGCUGGUACAACUGGGCCAUCACUGGGAUCAGUCCAGUUCUGAGUCUCUUAGGUGUGAUGGUGCAAUGGUGGUUGACAGCAAAAGGAGUGUCCCACAAAGGAACGGCACGAAGAAAACAGAAGAAACACAGCAAGAGGAGCAAAUACAGAGAAUCGGGAAGACCUCGGCCGUACCGCCGCCGCAGGCCUCCAGUGCUGAAGCGCUACACAGGGGACGUCCUGGCUCCGAGUUACCUCCAGAGCCUGCAGGAGCGUCAGAUGGGAACGGGCUCCUCCACCAGCAGCGUCAGCACCAUCGCACACACUCUCAUUGACUUUGACUUUGACACGGGCUCCAUGGUGCCUCUGACAGCUGCUUCACCCGUCUUCUCAGUCUGAGCAUCAAAUUACUGUGAACUGCAAGGAUCCAAGCAGCCUUCUUUGAACUUUUGAGACUUUUUCACCCAGUAUUUUGAAUUUGCUAGAAGAUCUCUUUGCAAAGAGUUACAUGAAGAAAAAAUCAAGUAAAAUCGGUCAUUAACUGCAUUUUUGCACAAUUAUGUGUUCAGUUUAUAACAAACUUAUUUUUAGACUGGUUUCCUUGACUACACUCUGAAAAAUGUGUUUUUAUUAAAUGUCUCCCAUCCUGAGGAAUACCUUAUAUGUUACUGGAUACUCUCAGGGAUUAAACGCAUUUACAUUUGUUUGGUAUAAAGGAGCCAGCACAUUUAUAGUACAAUUCAAUUUUCAUAAAAGCAUGAGUUUUUACUCUUUAAUCUUCAUAUACAGUCAGAAUUGUCAUGACAGAACAUUUCAACCAGAUUAUCUUUAAAAAAAAGUACUGUAAAAUGUCAUUUACCUAAAGAUAAAACAAGUUUUAUUCUGAAAGUACAAAGCAUUUGCAGGUUCAUUUCUAGAGGUAAAAAAGUUUUAUUUUGCUCAUAAACAGAUUCAAUGAGUUCAGAUUCAAAGAUUUGGUUGAAAAUAAAGGCAAGUUGACAAGA